GCAGUCAGCUGACCCGGCUGCUCAUAGUUGUGUGGAAUUGGAGAGAGUCGGCUCGGAGCUUAUCGUUUCACAAACAUCUCGUCGUCAUGGCUAGUCAGUCUCAGGGAGUCCAGCAGCUGCUGCAAGCCGAAAAGCGAGCGGCGGAGAAGGUUGCAGAGGCCCGCAAACGAAAGAAUCGCAGGCUGAAGCAAGCGAAAGAGGAAGCUCAAGCAGAAGUCGAGCAGUACCGCCUGCAAAGGGAGAAGGACUUCAAGACCAAAGAGGCCACGGCUCUUGGAUCGCAUGGCAACUUGUCGAUGGAGGUGGACAAGGACACAAACGAGAAGAUCCGGAUCAUCCAGGCGAACUACCAGCAGAACCGAGAGGCUGUCGUCAACCACUUGCUCCGCUUAGUGUGUGAAAUCAAACCAGAGAUUCACGUCAACUACCGCAUUAAUGGCUGACACGUCUCCCAACGUUUCCGGAAAGACCAAUAUUUAUUAGAGAUGUUAAGAGUAGACCCCCCCUAGGAGCACACGGGACGUGAGGGGUGGCAGCUUAAUUUAACUCUUUGUUUCCCAGUGCUGCCACUGGUAAGCGGGUUGUGUGUGCGAGGCGUGUCCCUAUGUGUGUGUGUGUGUGUCACAUCAGACAGAUGAUGACUCUGUCAUCGAGUUUUAGGAAAGUGGAAUCGUUUCCAUUGUUCAUCUUCUUGUGUCAUUCCAUCCCUUCCCCACUCACCCCUUCAUUGUGUUUUGCGAGUUCAUCCUAAAAAUAAAACUUUAUUUGGUCACUG